AUGGCUACCGAACGGGCAAUCGUGCGUGGCAUUUACGAUGCCUUCUGCCAUGAAUGGUUGGUGGUGAACAGGGACCAGAGAGAUUGGAUGCAGCUUCUCGACUCUGUUCAGUUUGCUGGCCCGGCUGAGAGGGAUGCUAUGCAUGACUCCUUCCACAACCACACUGCGGUGGCUCUGCAAUUGCCCGCUUUGGGGCAAGCCGGUGCUACCGCCGCACUUCGUUUGAUGUUCCCGACCUAUGUGGAGGCUGCAGGGAUUUCGAACAAAAAAAGUGGGAGCAAGCUGAUGCAGAGUGCGAUCGACUUUGCAUACUUGUCCGAUGACGUCGUGGCCCAGCGGUUACGUGCAGGUGGUUCGCUGCAAACACUGUGUCGCUGCUGGUGCCUGCUCAGGGACUUGUCCUUCUUCCUUCAGCUGAAACCAGCUGACGAUGAUUGGCAGAGUCUCUGGCAGGCAGUCCGUACUUUCCAGGGCCGGUACUAA